GUACAGCACCUGGACAGGGAAGGCUUUUCUUUAUUCAUUUGGCUCUUUUUUGCUUUUGAAACAGCACUGAUUAGGAUUACUUUUGAGAAGAAACCAUUUAUUAUUAGGCAUAGUUGUCCAGGAGAGGAAACGAUUAUAGGUUUGCAUGCAAGGAAAUGUGAAGAACUUUGCAAUGAAGAAAACUGAUUGACCAACUGACUUGCUUUUAAGAUUUGAAAAAAAAAAAAGUUUCUUCCUAGAGAGCAAGGUAAAGAACACUCAGAGAGGCUCUUGCAACGACAGUUCAGGUAAUCUCAUGUUAGAGUUGUAUUCUUUUUUAACUGUAUUCAUAGAGUUAAUAAUAGCAAUUAAAACUUUAUGCUUUAGGAAAACAAAGGAGUAGUAAAAGGUUUCUUCUUAUUUUUUGUACUGUUCUCCCAAGUGGUUUUUUUUUUUUGGACAGAAAAUGGUUGGCAGGAUGUUCAUUGUAGGGGUUAUUGCACUGGCUGUUGCACACAGCAUUCCAGUUGAAAGGUUCCAGCAUCUGGAAUGGCAACGGCUGCUGGAAGAAGCUGAGGAGUGCCCAAAAUGCCAGGUCGAGUUGUGUCGACCUCCUGUGGGAUGCCCAGCUGGACUAGUGCGUGAUCACUGUGGAUGCUGCUGGGAGUGUGGAAAUGCAGAGGGCCAACUUUGUGACCUUGAUGCCUCAAGCAAUUUCUAUGGGAGAUGUGGGGAAGAUCUGGAGUGCGAGAUCCAAGAUGAAGAUCUCUCUGCUGGAGAGGUCCCUGUUCCACAGUGUGUGUGCACCAAUCAAGAGAUCAUCUGUGGAACAGAUGGGAAAACCUAUGAGAACAUCUGCAAGCUACGAGAAGCUAAAAUCCAGCAGACUAAAAGAGAAAACCUGACAAUAUCUCACAAAGGGCCCUGCAAAACAGCACCCUUAAUUUCGACACCACCUCGUGAUAUCAUAAAUGUAGAAGGAAGUGAUGUCAUCUUUGGCUGUGAGGUUUCUUCUUACCCAAUGGCAUUUGUUGAAUGGCGGAAGGAAGGACAGAGCAUCUUUUUGCCAGCAGAUGAUUCCCAUAUGGCUGUGCAGGCCAGAGGUGGACCACAGCGCUUUGAAAUCACUGGCUGGCUGCAAAUACAGAAGAUUCGAAAAGAAGAUGAAGGCAUCUACACCUGUUUUGCCAAGAACAAAUAUGGAGAGGUUUCUGCCUCUGCAAACCUUCAGAUAAUUGAUAUGGAUUCUCCACUGGCAAGUAAGCUGAAGCACUACAAGACAGGGGUCUUUGACAUCACAGAUGAUGAUGAAGAUCUUGAGGAAGGUGCAAGUGGUUACAGAUACUGAAAUAUGCAAAUCUCUACCGAAAGUCAAAAAUAACAUUUCUUUACAUUGAGAAAAUUGCUUAAGUAAUUUUUUUUCUAUCCUCAUUUUGUGAUAAAACACCAAAAAAAGCUUCCAAACACUAGGGGCAAAAUUCUGUUGUUGUUGCAAUACAACACUGAUAUGAUUUGCAUAGGCAUUUAUGUGUAUAUAAUAAAUAUGACUACUAGGAAAAACAGUGUGUGUUUCUUGUGUGUUGUGAUGACAAUCACAAAAAAUUGUGCUUACAAAAAUGUAUCUGUGAAAACAUAGAAAUAGCUGUUAGAAAAAGAAAUUGUACCCUGAUGCUCACUUUUUACUGUAAAUAAAAAAUAUACAUA